AUGGCUGACCACAACACCACUGCUAGAGUUGCUCAGUCAGCCUCCCCCAUGUCCAUUAAGAGCGAUCGCUGCAUAGAAGCUCCGAGAGACACAUGUCAAAGAUGCUUUCUCCGGAUGGAAAAGUUUCCCGGUCACCACUGUGUCUGGAGUGAGGGCCGCAAGAGAUGCCAUUAUUGUGGAACUGUCGACCACCGCUGCAUUCCGCUACCCGACGAGUUCCAGGAUGAGGCCGAGCUAGCCAUGCUCAGACCGGCCAGUGAGCUUCCCAGCCUUGUUCGGGGUAUCCGCCGGAAGAUAAGUAACCGCACUAAAAGGAUCAACCGGGAGAGAUUGUCAGAGUCAGCUGCUGCAACUCCUGCUACUGAGACCGAAUCUGAGAGUGAAGAUGAGGACAAUGGCAGUGACGAGGACUAUGAUCCGGAUUUCGCCCUCAACGAGCAGCUUUGCAGCUCUGAUGAGGCGUAUGAGAACUCUGAGAUGGAUGCCGCUUCGGAGGAACAACUUCAAUGCUGUCUUACUUCCGCUGUAGCGUAUGAAGAUAGCGAGAUAGAUGUGGCAGCCGAGGAGCAGCUGCAAAGCUCUCUUGCUGAAGAGGCUUGGGAACUGGAAGUGAAGGAAGAGCCAGUUUCAUGGCAUAGUCAGACUCAGCUGGAACAAUGGGGACGAUGGGAACGGGAGCACUGGCAGAUUGAGUGA